GACAACUUAUGGCAUGUUAAAGUGUUCGGCUCUAGUGCCAGAGUGGGAGGGACACAGGAGAGCUCGUGGUUGUGGAGUUUUCAUUCCCAGCUUAACAACCGUGAAAAUAAGUCAGUGUGAAUAAUGAGCGGAACAGGAUCACACUAAUAGGGCGACAGUGUUGGAACACAAACUGCUCACUGACUGCUCUCUGACCAGUUCAGGAUCCUGGGAGAUGGUGCUGCUGUGUGUGAAAGUGAAAAGAGGCAAUUUUAAUGGAAUAUCAGGUACUGCCAGCACAUAUGUCAUCAUCAAGGUACACAACCUGCAGAGUGUUACAGUACCUAGACCUGGCUCUGAGCCAUGCUGGGAGCAAGACUACUCCUUUGACCUCAGUGAUAUACAAAGUGGGCUCCUUGUACAAGUGUGGAAGUCUGGUUGGAUUUGGGACUCUGUGUUAGGCAAUGUAUGGAUUCCACUACAAUCAAUUAAACAUGCAACAGAUGAAGGAUCUGGUGAAUGGUGGACUUUACAUUCUGAAGUUGAAACCAAUGGAAGUGAAGUGUGUGGAAUCAGAUCCCCGACCUCCCAUGAAAUAUUAUUGGAUCUAUUCUUUGCAGAGUCAUAUGAUAUUAUAACAGAUGGUGCAAUUGAAGAACAGGACACAAAUCACGAAACUGAACAUUACGCCUCUUCAGACAGUUUAGAGGUUUGUCCUUCAUCACAAAAAUUUAUUCUCAGCGCCAUCAGAAAUGAAUCAAGGGAUGAGGAAAAUGCCGUCUUCACAAGCUACACUGCAAAAGCACGUUGGAGUAGAGCAAUUCAAAGGGUGGACAGUUUUGGAUAGAAUUACACAUAAACAUCCAGGAGUCAUGAGAAGUGGAGUGCCAGCCUGCAGACUUUGUGGUCUUUCCACAGGACACUCUUUGUAACACGCACAAUUUUUGUGCUACAGCUGUGCAUGCCGUGGAUGUACAAACCUUUCUCAGGAGCCAAUGUUACAUUUUUUCGCAAAUAUAGGUUAAUAUAAAGUU